CGAUCCAGCCGCCUCAAUUACAGAAUUGCGUGAGCCCGUUUUCCGGCCCGGCCCGGCCCGAUCCGACCACAGCCUCCACGUUCCUUGCUGUCGUUGCUUGCGAGUCACACAAAAAAAACCCCAAAGCCAAACUGCUCAACACAAAAUGAGCACAAUAGUGUUUUUAAUUCGUGUGCAUAUGGAAUAAGUCCAUGUGCAAAAACCCUUAUAAAUACCAAGUCUUGGUCUGUCUAUUCACGGGUCAUCUCGAACACAAUCUGCGGCCGCGGGUGGGUCUCCUCUGUAUUUGCACUUCUUGUUUCUAUUUGAAAUACAGCGGAGAGCGGGAGGGCCUCGGCUUAGCAAUGGAGGACAUGGAUUCCACUCGUGCGUUUGUCAAGGACGUCAAGCGUGUGGUCGUCAAGGUUGGAACUGCUGUUGUUACGCGAGCUGAUGGGCGAUUGGCUCUUGGGAGGUUAGGGGCACUGUGCGAGCAGAUUCAGGAACUGAACUCUCAGGGCUACGAGGUUAUUUUGGUGACAUCAGGUGCAGUUGGUGUGGGCCGGCAACGACUUAGAUACAGGAAAUUAAUCCACAGCAGUUUUGCUGACCUCCAAAAGCCCCAGGUGGAACUUGAUGGGAAAGCUUGUGCUGCCGUUGGACAAAAUGGACUUAUGGCGCUCUAUGAUAAUUUGUUUAGCCAGUUGGAUGUGACAUCUGCUCAGCUUCUCGUUACUGAUAAUGAUUUCAGAGAUCCAGCAUUUAGGAGACAACUCAAUGAGACUGUUAAGUCUCUGUUGUCAAUGAAAGUUAUUCCUAUAUUUAAUGAAAAUGAUGCAAUAAGUACCAGGAAAGCUCCUUAUGAGGACUCUUCUGGAAUAUUUUGGGACAAUGACAGCUUAGCUGCUCUACUAGCACUAGAGCUAAAGGCAAACCUUCUAAUUUUGUUGAGUGAUGUAGAUGGUCUUUAUAGUGGCCCACCGAGGGAUCCACAUUCUCAGCUAAUCCAUACAUACGUUAAGGAAACUCAUGAGGGGCUGAUUACAUUUGGUGACAAAUCAAGGGUGGGUACAGGUGGAAUGACAGCCAAAGUAAAAGCUGCAGUUUAUGCUGCUUAUGCUGGAAUCCCUGUUGUUAUCACCAGUGGUUUUGCUGUUGAUAAUAUUCUCAAAGUUCUAAAUGGUAAGCGCAUUGGUACACUUUUUCACCGUGAUGCUAAUGAGUGGAUCCCGAAAGGAGAGAUUGGUGCCCGUGACAUGGCAGUGGCAGCCAGAGAAAGUUCAAGACGACUGCAGGCUUUGUCUUCGCAAGAGAGAAAUAAGAUCUUGCUUGAUAUAGCUGAUGCUUUGGAAGCAAAUGAGAAGCAGAUCAUUGCUGAAAAUGCAGCUGAUGUUGCUGACGCUGAGCAGGCUGGAUACGAAAAAUCAUUGGUGUCUAGGCUGGCAUUGAAGCCCGGUAAGAUUUCAAGUCUUGCAAAUGCAAUACGUGUGCUUGCAAACAUGGAGGAACCUGUUGGUCAAGUUUUGAAAAGAACAGAGCUUUCAGAAGGUCUGAUAUUGGAGAAAACAUCAUCUCCCCUGGGGGUUCUUUUGAUCAUUUUUGAGUCUCGACCUGAUGCUCUGGUUCAGAUAGCUUCAUUAGCAAUACGGAGUGGAAAUGGACUCCUUCUAAAAGGAGGAAAAGAAGCUAGACGAUCAAAUGCUAUCCUACACAAGGUAAUUACUUCGGCCAUUCCAGAAACCGUUGGAGAAAGGCUUAUUGGACUGGUGACAACCAGGGAAGAGAUCCCUGAAUUGCUCAAGUUGGAUGAUGUAAUCGAUCUUGUAAUUCCAAGAGGCAGCAACAAACUCGUUACACAAAUUAAGAGUUCAACGAAAAUUCCUGUUCUUGGCCACGCCGACGGAAUCUGUCAUGUUUACAUAGACAAGGCGGCUAGCAAGGAUAUGGCGAAACAGAUUGUUGUGGAUGCGAAAACAGAUUACCCCGCUGCCUGCAAUGCUAUGGAAACACUGCUUGUACACAAGGAUUUGGUGAAGAACGGCACCCUACAUGAACUCAUUGUGGAACUUCAAAUCAAAGGUGUGAAAGUAUAUGGUGGACCUCGGGCAAGCUCUCAAUUGAACAUUCCCGAGGCACCUUCGUUGCAUCAUGAAUAUAGUUCUCUUGCAUGCACUGUCGAGAUCGUGGAUGAUGUAAACGCUGCCAUCGAUCAUAUACACAGUCAUGGAAGCGCACAUACGGACAGCAUCAUAACUGAAGAUCAAGAAGCCGCGGAAGUCUUUUUACGCCGAGUGGACAGUGCUGCUGUUUUCCACAACGCGAGCACGAGGUUUAGCGAUGGCUUCCGAUUUGGAUUAGGCGCAGAGGUCGGAAUUAGCACAAGCCGGAUCCAUGCGCGUGGCCCUGUUGGUGUCGAAGGGUUGCUUACAACUCGAUGGCUGGCAAGAGGAGGCGGGCAUGUUGUAAAUGGCGACAAAGACAUCGUCUACACUCACAGGGUGUUGAAUCCGUAGAGACAGGCAAGAAUGUCUACCUUCGAAAUUUCUAUGAAUUAUAAUGUUGUUUUUCUGUAUCCUAAUUUAUUGGGAUUCAUAUGUAUUGUGUCAUUUCUAAUGUACUACUGCUUUACUGAUCCCACAGCAGAUUAUGUAUCUAUCAUGUAAGAGUCAUGCAAGUUUCAAGAUUUCUAUGAUAUGAAAUAAGUUGGACUGUCAAAAGACCAAUUCUUGAAAA